GUAGUAGUAGUAGUAGUAGUAGUAGUAGUAGUAGUAGUAGUAGUAGUAGUAGUAGUAGUAGUAGUAGUAGUAGUAGUAGUAGUAGUAGUAGUAGUAGUAGUAGCAUACUUUGCAACUACUGAAAAUCUUCCUUCAGAGUAUUACUUACAACAGUGCUGUGAUUCGAAACAAGAAAAUGGCAUGACUUCCACAACGAACCACGUACCAGUUCCGGUCCAGCCCAACGGAAAUAUCCAGAUACCUUCCACCCGGUGCAGAUUCGGUCAACUACGUGCUCCCAAACGAUGCAUAGUAGAUAAUCGACGCAUCCCGCAUCGAGCCCGUAGAAGUCAGCGAAGUGAUUCAGGAAAAUCUGAGAAGAACGUGAUCCCAUAUGAUGUAAACAAAAUCCCUAAAUCAGCGAACCUAGAUUCGUCUCCGCCUCUGACACCGCCUGGUUGCGAAUCGUCUUCUCCCAGCGGACAGCCGUUAACCGAGAACAAACGUCCCCGUCCGGAGAUGAUAAUUAACGGUGAUUCACUGAAUCUUUCUUUGUCUGCGCCUUCACCGUGCAUGCGAGAUACAUCCCAUUUGGAAGCAUUCGCAGAUAGCCGCGUUCACUCCGCGAGCCGAGGGAGAGAAUUUACUUGUAAAGAAUCCCUUGUGGAUGGGCAUCGUCUUCGUGACCUUUUGGCUCGAGAACCCAGUUAUCACCCGAACAACGCGUUUUUGUUCUACGUCAACCCGGAAGUCGAGGACAAAGUGGAUGCUGCGUUGCGGAAUGAAGCGGUGCACAAUUUGCGCUUUAUGCACAACGCAUUUUUCAACUUGUCCACCGAGACAUUUUGCAAAGCGGUCAAUCUUAUCGAUCGAUUCAUUGUGAAGGUCAAGGUCAAACCGAAAUAUAUGGCUUGUGUGGCCACAGCGUCCUAUUGUGCAGCAAGUAAACUGACACAUCCGCUAACCGAGGAUAUAGAUUUGCCUUCUCCGGACACCUUGGUUCAUAUCACUCGCUGUGGUGGUAACGGAGCCGACCUGAUUCGCAUGGAGGAAAUUCUCGCGUCCAAGCUUUCUAACGAUCUGGAUGGAGUAAACGCCUACGACUUUUUGCGUACGUUCACCGAUGCGCUGAUGAUGAACAAUGGUGAAAUGUCUAAGUGUCCGACCAAUAACUUCCUCAACCCCAUUCUACCGAACGGCACUGUUGAUACGUCGUCGGGGGUCGCACGAGGCACCUGUAGAUCAUACUCCUCGAUGAUUACCGGUGAUAACAGCUCAUUAGACUGCUGUUGCAUUCCGUCAUGCGAACCUGAUCAAUCCGGUCGGCAAAAACAUUUAUCGGAUGAACUUCAUCAUCGUUCAGUCUCAAACGACGAUUCCGCGUCAGUUUCUCGCCAGCUGAAAACGCAAUACAAUCAGCUCUUGAAGCGCGUCAUGACACGAUUGGAAAUUUCACUGUGUUCUUUGGAGAUUUACCGGUUCCGACCGGCCUGUUUGGCUUUGGGUAUUCUAGCCCUGACUGGUGUUACGGGUCUGAUACCGCUUGCACAAACCUGCAGGGUUGACUGGACUGAUGUUUGUGAAUGUGCAAGUUUAGUGGGUGAAUUGUAUGAAGUGUAUUAUCGUGAUCCGUUACCGUCCAGUCGUCGUCAGAUGGUGUGGAACUUGUCUCGUCGAACACUAUUCCGCAUUGGUUAUUCGAGCCCCACACCCUUGGACACUAUCUCAGAGGAUUGCGAACCGGUUGACGAUGACGAAUGGCUUCUCCCGCUGUUGUUUGAACCCUAA